AUGAGGGCUCCACAGUUGACACCACUGCUGUUCCUAGCUCUGCACCCUCAUCGCGCCGCCGAUGCCGUUGAGGUGAGCGUCUGCGCCGACGCCACGUACGACUUGGCCUCGAGUCGAGGUGGCGUCUGCUCGGGGAGCGGCAGUGCACCCAUAGGGUCGGCCUGCCCGCUGAAAGGCGACGUGGCCGUCUCCGACUGCCGCGCGUACCUGCCGUCCUUCGUGGGCGGGAGCUGCGUGGCGCGCGAAGACGCCGAGUGUCGACUGGUCACGGGAUCGACGUGGGGCUGCGUCCUGCCGUCGGUCGGCUGCGGCCAGCCGGCCACCGAGUGCCCCACGUGGGACGUGAGCGAGUCGGACGUGGCGGUGGAUAUCGACACGAGCUACCUGUUCGACGGCAACGAGGAGUACGACCAGAGCUGGUUCGUGCAGACGUCGGCGGUGAGGGAGCUGUACAACUGCGGAGAGAAGCCCACGGCGGCACCCACGACGUCGCCGACCACUGAA